AUGGGACGCUUUCAGACUGAUAAGCGAGCCAGCGAGAUCUUGUUUGACCACAGCCCUAUGCCCGACCCUCCUCUUUUCAAGCGGCAGUUCGAUUUUGGAUCCACCACGUCAACCAGCCAUAAGGCCACCCAUACAUCCUCCUCCGCCGCCGCUUCCGCCACCGCCAGUCAAAUUGACGCUCCCAGUCCGACUGCUUCCUCUUCAGAUGAUGAAGGGACUUCCACGAAUGGCAUCAUCUCAGCACAACCAACAGGCGACAAUCUCCCUAAGGCUUUUGACGGCGGACUGGGUACGAACUACACGCAGCCUGCCUGCGUCGAGUUCCUCAAAGAUCUGAUACGCAAUGACACCGUCAACUCAUGCCUACCCGUGUCUCUCUUCCUUCAGAACUCCCAAUCCUUCUUCACAGCCUCCCGCUUAUCCUCAACCCUCGAUCCCGUCAUCUCCGCCUCCUGCUACGUGGUUCCCCAAGCCUGCGCGGCCGUAAUGGCUAACUGGGCCCUCCGCAUGCGCUCCUCCUCUGCCUGCUCUCAAGACUACGAUCGCCAACAACCCACCGUGCGCCAAGCCUACAACGGUCUCAUCUCCUACCAAGUCACCUACUCGGCCAUAUGCAUGAAAGCCGUUCCCUCGGCCGCGAACAACCAGAGCUCGGAUUACUGCUACACGAAUGCCGUGACGAAUACUUCAUCUCCAACGGACGUGUAUCCGUAUUACCUUCCGCUGGGAGUCAGUCUGCCGGCGGGUAGUUUGCCGACAUGCUCGAAGUGCUUGCAGGAUACGAUGGGCAUGUUUGCGGAUGUCGCGAGGAAUAAGAGCAGUCCGCUGAGCAUUACGUAUGUGGACGCUGCGCAGCAAAUCAAUAUCGCCUGCGGAAAUGCGUUUGUAAAUGCAACGCCGCCUGGGGUCAAGGCGGCAAGUGCUGCGAAUACAUUGGCGGCUUCGAUUCCGAGCGUGGGGUUCGUGGCGUUGACGACCGUCGUGCUUGCUGCGAUGGAGGUCGUGGGACUGUUAUGA